GGCAGUCCCGCAGCAGCUGUGCAGGCGACGUGGUGCCAGGGCCAGGCAGUCCCGGAAGGGGGGGCCGCAUCCUGCCCACCACCGAGAAGGGGACGGGGGUGCCACCGCCACCAGCUCCCGCACAGACACUGCCACGUGAGUGACACUGGGGUCUGCUCCCCACGUCGGGCUGCUCGCAGCCUUCCCCCAACGCCCUGGGCCCUGUCCCUGCCCUGUGCAGGCUGCUGGGUCUGAAUGGGACCUGAAAACAGGAGUGUGUCCUGGAGUGACGCAGCGCCUGUGCUUCCCCCUGGGACCCCCCUCUCCAUCCAGACCCCUGCAUCCACCCGGGUCCCCCAGUUCCAACUGGAGUUCUCACCUCCAUCCAGACCCCCUCUGUAGCCACCCCAGCUGCUCCAGGUGCAGGACAGGGGCAGAUCCCCCAGAAUCCUGCAAUUCACCCCAAAUCCUCCCCCCCAAGGCUCUGCAUCCUCAGGACAGGGUCAGGACCCCCACGGGGUCGGGGUGGCACGGUUGGGGGGAUGUUGGCUCGGGGGGGUCUCCACACUGCAGCAUUACUCAACCACAGAGACGGGAAGUGCGGAAAGUGGAAACAGAGGGAGCAGGAUAUAAUUAGACCCAAAUUAGGAUUGGAAUCUGGGAUAAAGAGUCCGGCACCACCCAGCUCUUUUGAAAACACCACAGCCCAUCACCCAGCAGCCCCCUGCACCGGCGACGAUCCUGGCUGCCCCAGUUUGGGGGCUCAGUGCCGCUUUGGGGGGGACACCCGGGGACGGGGAGGAGCAGUGGGCACGGCCGGGCGGCGCGGAUGCUGGGCCGUAAUGAGAGCUGGGAUUAUCAGCACGGCCGGGAAUCUGGUUUCUUUGGCCGCACCGUUGCUGAGGCAACCUUCGGGCAAGGAUUGUGGGGCUUUUUUAAUGGGACAAGGGCCUUUCUGUGCGCAGGGAGCGGGGGGCCCGCGCUCUGUCACCUGAUAGCCCCCGCCAGUUCCCCCCGCCGGCUCCGAGGACACCGGAUACCCGCACACAUCGGCUGCUGAGGAAGGAUGGGGCCAGAUCCAUCCCACACCGCAGCGCUGACAGAUGGGGGAUGCCCAAUGGGUCACACCUGGGGUCACAGUCUGACCCCUGGCCAGCCCCACUGCCCACCUCGUCCCCAGCAUCCCACAGCUGCUCAUCCCAUGGGGCUGCAGUGGUGGCACAAAGGGAUGCGCGAGGUCAUGGGGGAGACAUGGAGCACCCCAAAGUGCCCCCUAAGCACCAGCAGGGCUGGAAAUGCUCCUCGACGUCCUCCAGGUGUGGGGUGAGCAGUGGGGCCGGAGGGACGUCCCCACAUCCCAGCCCCAGCGAAGUCAGCGCGGGGCGUCCCAGCGGUGCCAGCCCGGCUGUCCAGCCCCGGUAUCGGAUCCUCCCGGAGGGAGGGGGCCUGGAGCUUAUUUAACAUCCCCGGGCAGCCCAGCCCAGCAUUCGGUGCGGCGGGGAGCUCAGGUGCCUCCCGCAGCCGGGGCCAUGGCGUCGCAGCUGGAAGGGGCCAUGGAGACGCUCAUCAAUGUCUUCCAUCACUACUCGGGCAAAGAGGGGGACAAGUACAAGCUGAGCAAGAAGGAGCUGAAGGAGCUGCUGCAGAGCGAGCUGGGCUGCUUCCUGGAGACCCAGAAGGACACAGGGGCUGUGGAGAAGAUCAUGCAGGACCUGGACGAGAACGGCGACGGGGAGGUGGACUUCCAGGAGUACGUGGUUCUGGUGGCUGCCCUCACCGUGGCCUGCAACACCUUCUUCUGGGAGAACGCCUGAGCGAGGCCGCAGCCCCGCAGCACCCAACCAUGGCACCCCUAAAGGCAGAGCCCCCCCUCGCCCCCCACUCACCCCCCGCUCCCCGUGCACCCGGGGGUCCCGUAGGGACCCAGCUCCGCAAUAAAGGCAUUGACCCUGCCAGCGGCGUUGUGUCAGCUCCUUCAUCCGCGGGGGGGGGGGGGGGGGGGGGUGAUUUCUGCUCACGUCACCCCGGGGUCACCCAUCGGCCCCGCAUCCCCGGGGCUGAGCACCCCCAGGAGGGUGACCCCGGCCUGUGUGGAGGGUGGGCUGUGGGGCGCCGGGGGGCAGCCGUGGGCCGGGAGGCAUCGUCCCCAUGGAGACACGAGGCGCUGCGCCAGGCGGGGCAGGAGGAACCGGUUCUGAUCUCGUCUCCCCGCACCGGGCUGCGCAGGGCCACCAGCGCCAUCGUCUGCCGGGCCGGGGCCUGCCCCAGCGCCUCGCAACGCGCUGAGCCCACAGACCGCUGCCAGGCCACCGGCCUACGGAGCCCACAUGCCCAACCUGGCCACGGGGGUGACAGAGGGCCCGUGAGGCCUUCCAAACGUCUCCGCCCAACCGGACCGGGUGGCCUCCGCAGGCCCAGCCCCGGCCGCGGGGCUCAAUCUCCCGCACGCCGCCACGCACAGAGGAAAAGCGCUGAGCCCGCACGGAGCACGGCUAGGCCGCAGCCAUAGCCCCGCCCACCGCAACCAUAGCCCCGCCCACCGCAACCAUAGCCCCGCCCACCGCGCCCUGAGUGCCCAAUGGCAGAGGAGGUAGUUAGCGCGUCAGAGCCGCUCCGCCCAAUAGCGGAAAGCGUGGCGCUCUCCCCGCGCUGCGCCUGCGCGCCGCCAUUUUGGCUGGCUGUUCUCUGGGCGGCGGGAGGAGGGCGGGCGUUGCGGCCGCCGCCGCCAUUUUGUCGCGGGUGCUCGAGUGCGGCGGGAGCUGGGCGGAGGGCGGCGGAGCUUAGCCCUGGCCGCACUGCCGCUAGUAUCCAGCAGUCAGCCCCACCGGAGACCUGGCGACCGUCUGCUUCGAUUCUGUUGAUCUGAAGAUGGCUGCACAGUCAGCACCGAAGGUUGUGCUAAAGAGCACCACCAAGAUGUCUCUGAACGAGCGGUGAGGAAGCCAACAGCAGCUUCAGCUCAUAAGAAAAAAAUUUUUAUUUAAUUAUCACUGUCCGGUGUCCAAAAAGCCAACGUGGUUUCUGCCCUCUUUUAACCUCACUAAAACGAGCAGAUGGCUAUGCACCUCUGUCUUAAACUGCAACAGAUGUGGUACGCAAGGUUAAAAGGGCAAUUGUUUCGGAGCAAUUUGUCCGUAGCCGUUAAAAUUAAGCUAUUCGACACGUAAAUGUGGCGGGAUGUGUUGUAAACAAAAAGAGAGGAAACCCCACGCCCUCCCUUUUUUUCUUCCACACGUUUUUACAUUUAUCUAGUUGACGCUGCAGUACGGUAGCAUGUUACCAAAGCUGCAGCAGGCUUGCUGCUUUGUCCGAGGCGGACACACGUGCAUGUGGUCUGGCCUGUAAGAGGCGUGCAGCAGGUCGCUAAACGAGCCCGAAGGCCCCGUAACAACGUUUUGGGCCUUGUAAGAGGCAAACGCUUUGCUUCAUCUCCAUCUCUCUUUUUCUCGAUGCUGAUUUCUUUCCCUCUUUUUUUUUUUUUUUUCUGUUGAGUGUUCUGUUUUGUUUUUUUUUUUUUUUCUCCACGCCGUCGAGCUUUUGCAGUUCUGCAGUGACAACUAACGGCGAUGCUGCGGUUACGUUUUGCUUUCUUGCUGCUGGCUCUUGGUUGAACGAUGUUGAUAGCAUUGAGGCAGGUUAAAAUAGAGCUGUUUGCAUGCAGUUCCUGCUCUGGCACGUGUUGCAGCGUGAGCUGGCCUGAGCCGGUGGUUGGAGCUUCUUCCAGAGAAGGCAGGUGCUGAGGUGCAGUGCUGGGAAGGUUGCUGGCCUGGUUGGUUCUGGUCAGUCCAAAUUCCUGGAGGUGUUUUCCUGUUUUGUACAGCUCCUGGGACACAGGAGGCAGCUGAUGGGCUGCUGCUAACGAUGCUUACCAUCUUGCUGUGUGUUCUGCUCCAGCGUGGCUCUUAAAGGCAGAAGAGUCUUCACGCACCACGGGUAGAACAGUUCACUUGGUACUUAAAGUGAGCGUGCUCGGGUGGUGGCAGCAGCGCUGGGCUGAGCCAGAGGCAUAUCAGUCUGUUCCCAAGGCGAAAUUUUCUCUAAGCCUCUCUGGUGGUGUUGAGCUUUUGUCAGGUUUCUCAGGUCUUUGAGGGCUAACGUAGCUUUUGCAGUCCGGUUUCGCUCCGCUUUUCUGCGAUGUCCUCUUCCAUCUGUCAUCAACAUCUCUGCUUAUCGCUUGUUUUCAUUCCUUCUUCCAUUUCUAAAAUCAGUAACCUAAAGCUUUUAUCACUUCUGAAUUAAUAUACAACAUCAUUCCUGAGUUUCCAGUUCUUGCACACUUGUGGAAAACAAGGAAUAUGUAAUUACACAUGCCGUGACCUAAGUACCACUCUUUACGUAAGGUUCAUGGGAUCUGGAGAUCCAAUCUUGAGAACCAUGAAAUGCCAAUAAAUGUAUGUAAUAAAGCUUUAUUUAAACACC